CUAAUACCGAUUAUUUUUCUUUUACACAGUGGAAAAAAAUCUCAAGAUAGUGUACAUGUAUGAUAUUUCCAGAUUUUAAAACACAUCAAAAUUCACACUCACAGAAGAAUAUGUUGAAGCUUGUAAAAAGUUCUGUAAGAUGUGCCUUUAAAUAUUCGGUACCUAUAGGAAGAAAUUUGCCUAGUGUGAAUACAGUAUCGAAAGAUACUAUAAAAUGUCGGUUCCAACUCAACAAUGAUUCCACAAGAGCAUUAAGUACAACAUCCUCAUUAUUUGCCAAAAAACCUAAGAGCAAGAACUUUAAAGGCAGACAAAGAAUCAAAAUAACCAUUCCUGAUUUUGCCACCGUUUCUCAGCUUGCAAAUUUGAUGAAUGUGAGAUAUGAAAAUCUUUCAAAAAGGUUAGAAGAGAUGGGAUUCGAAGAUAUGAACCAUAAUUAUAUUUUAGAUUCAGAAACAGCGGGUCUCAUUGCUGAUGAAUAUGGAUUUGAUGUGAAUUUCAAUGCAGAAAGUCAAGGAGAAGAUUUGGUGGCUUCACCGCCAGCUGAAGACUCAAAGCUUUUAAAACCAAGACCACCAAUUGUUGCCAUUAUGGGACAUGUUGAUCACGGUAAGACAACAAUUUUGGAUUAUCUACGUAAAAGUUCUAUCUUUAGUCAGGAGCAUGGUGGUAUUACCCAACAUAUUGGUGCAUUCUCUGUGAAGACACCUAUUUCUAAAAAGGUGAUUACUUUUCUAGAUACACCAGGACAUGCUGCGUUUUUGAAAAUGAGAGAAAGAGGUGCAAAUGUCACAGAUAUUGUCGUCUUGGUUGUUGCUGCUGAUGAUUCAGUUAUGCCGCAAACUAAAGAAGCUAUUAAACAUAUCAAGAAAUCAGGUGUUUCAGUCAUCGUGGCAAUUAAUAAAUGUGAUAAGGAAAAUGCUAAUCCACAAAAGGUCAUUUCCGAUUUAGCAGCAAAUGAUAUUGAUGUUGAAGAUUAUGGUGGUGAUACACAAACUGUCCAAGUUUCUGGUCUCACUGGGUUAAAUAUGGAAAAGUUAGAAGAGAGUAUUGUUACUUUAAGUGAGAUUUUGGACUUGAAAGCUCAAGCAGUUAAUGUUCCUGUUGAAGGUUGGGUUGUUGAAUCUGAAGUCAAGAAAGGUAUGGGUCCACUUGCAACUGUUUUGAUCCGCCAAGGUACUUUGAAACCUGGUUCAAUUCUUGUCGCAGGUACAACAUACUGUAAAGUUAGAUCGAUUAAAGAUGAAGGUGGUAAAACUAUCAAGACAGCUGGUCCUUCCUCUCCAGUGGAAUUAUGGGGUUGGAAAGAAGUUCCAGAAGCUGGUGAUGAAGUUUUGCAAGCAAAAGAUGAAGCACAGGCUAAAAGGGUUGUUGAAAAUAGAUUAAACCGUGUUGCCAGACAGAAGACUGCGCAAAAUGUUGAUGUUAUUAACCAAACAAGAUUAGAUUUAAAGAAGGAAGCUGAAAAACAAGAAAAAUUGGAGGAAAUGAGAAAAUAUGGUUUGGAAGAAUCUGAUAUUGAAACUGAAGAAACAAUCGAAGCCGAAAAGGCUAAAGAGGUUAGAUUUAUCAUUAAAGCUGAUGUCAGUGGUUCAGCAGAAGCCAUUGUUGAAAGUAUUGAACAUUUAGGCAAUGAUGAAGUGAAAUGCACUGUCUUGUACUCUGGUGUUGGUGCACCAACUGAUACUGAUUUAGAAAGAGCACAAAUAGCUGGUGCUUCUAUCUUAUUGUUUAACUUGAAGCUUCCAAAAGAUAUUGACAACAAGGCAUACCAAAAAGAAGUUGAUAUCAGACCACAUAAUGUUAUUUACCAUUUAAUUGAAGAUGUUACCAAACUCCUCUCUAAAGAAUUGAAACCAAUCAUUGAAUUAAAUGUCAUCUCAGAAACUGAUGUUAGAGAAAUUUUCGAAAUCAAAGGUAAAAAGAAGAAGUCGUUCAAGAUUGCAGGUUGUAAAGUCAGAUCUGGUUCUUUGGUGAGAUCGGGAAGUAUUAGAGUCAUGAGGGAUGACGAAGAAGUUUAUAAAGGGAAAAUCACAACCUUGAAACACAACAAGGAUGAGGUUUCAGAGAUUGCUAAAGGAAGAGAUUGUGGUGUUCAACUUGAAGACUGGGAAGAUUUCCAACCUGGUGAUGUUAUACAAGUUUACGAAGAAAAAGAAGUCCCAAGAUAUUUAUGAAAUGAACUAUAGAUAGUGUAAAAUAAUCUGUACAUAUUUUGUUCUAAUGAUGAAGCAAAUCAGAAACAAAAAGAGAAUCUGUAAAAAAAUUUAUAUUAUUAUCUUCUUUGAACCUCCUCUUCCCAUUGAACACCUGCCCAUUCCUCC